AUGGCUGCAAUUCGCGGAAGCUACAAGAAGCCACCAUGGCCAGCUGGAAGAGAGGAGACCGGUGGUGGUAGGAGGUUCAAGCCAGCGUCUGGUCUCCACCCCAGAACUGAAGCCAGGAAGGAGAUCCGCCCCUUUUCUUUUAUGUUUGCGCUUUACUUGCGCUUUCAGGCUGUUUAUAAAGAUGAGAUAGAAGCAUAUGAAUGUUUUUGCACUUAUGCUCACGAUAAUGGCUUUAGUGUCCGAAAGAAUCAUCACAGUUUUUGGCCAAAUUCUAGAAAGAUAAAAUUGAAGGACUUUGUUUGUUCAAAAGCUGGUUUCAAGAAAAGUGAUGAUCAUAAUUCAGGAAAGGGAAAGAGAUUCACUAGACCAGUUGUCAGAACAGGUUGUCCAGCCAUGGUGAGGUUUGUCACAGAUGAAGAUGGUUACUGGCAUGUCAAAAGAUUUAUUGAAUCCCACAACCAUGAAUUAGCUAGCCCAGCCGACCGACACCUUUUAAGAUCAUGUAGGAAUAUUAUUGAGGAAAAAGCUUCCGUCUUAAAAUUGAUGACAGAUGUAGGGAUUAAAACCGUUGAUGCAUAUGCCUACCUUGCAGAGGAAGUUGGUGGAUGUGAGAAUAUCGGAUUCUCUAAGAGGGAUGCCUAUAAUUUUAUUCAGAAGGAGAAAAGAGCAAGGAUUGAAAUUGGUGACACUAAUCCUUUGAUUCAAUUAUUUAAAGAUCGACAAGUUGAGGACCAUAUGUUCGCAUGGGAUGUUCAAUAUGAAGAUCAGGAUAGAUUGUUAAAUUUUUUCUGGGUUGAUGGUAGAAGCAUGAUAGAUUAUGAAUGUUUUGGAGAUGUGUUGAUUUUUAUACUAGUUACAGGCUGA